AUGUCGAAGACCAAUGUUUUGCUGGUCGGAGCAGCAGGUGAAACCGGGGGAUCCAUAGCCCACGGGCUGUUGGACGAUGGCAACUUUGAGGUUAUCGCUCUCAUCCGCCCCACCUCGAUUCGGAAACCUUCUACCACGCGCCUCGAAGAUAAGGGGCUUCAAAUUAGAAGAUGUGACUUGAAAGAUACAGAGGAACAUCUCAUCGAAGCUUUGACAGAUAUUGAUGUGGUUGUUAGUUGUGUCGGGCCCACCGAGCAACAGGACCAGAUUCACCUCGCCAGGGCCGCCAAGAAAACUCGCGUAAAACGAUUCAUUCCUUGUGGAUUCAUCACCGUUUGUCCCCCAGGUGGUAUUAUGUGGUUGCGUGACGAGAAAGAAAUCGUCUACAACCAGAUCCGCCAGCUCUGGCUCCCUUACACUAUUGUCGAUAUCGGCUGGUGGUACCAGCUGGCUUACCCUCGCCUUGAGUCCGGCUGCGUCGACUAUGCCAUGACAUCUGGCAAUGACGAGAUUGUGGGUGAUGGCAACAUGCCCACAGCGCUCAUAGACUUGCGAGACGUCGGCCGCUAUAUGGCUAGGAUAAUUUCCGACCCUCGCACACUAAAUAGGAAGAUAUUCGCUUACAACGUUGUCUCCACACAAAACAAAAUCCACGAGCUUAUGGAGGAACUCAGCGAAGAAAGCAUUGUCCGGAACUAUAUUCCCGAGGAGACGAUCUGCAGCAAAACGGUGAAGACGCGACAAGCUAGCGAAACCUAUCCUUUCGAUACGCGAAAAUUUGUGCCACGGUAUCUGGCCGAAUUUCAACUGUCGUGCUUCAUUCGAGGAGACAAUAACCCCGAAUAUGCCAAGUAUCUCGGCUACCAUUCCACGCAGGAGUUAUAUCCGGACUUCAAACACACAGAUUUCCGAGAGUACCUUGAGUCAGUUAUCCGGGGCACGGCAACGGGCAUUUACCAGGAUCGCAUCGUCUCUCGGAAGCACCAACACCACUUCCCUCGCACCGAAUCCAGCGAUUCCCUCUAUACACGGAUAUUUCCGCGAACAGAGUCGAGCGACUCCCUCUUGUCAAGGUGA